GAUUGUGCCCCUUUUAUCAUUUCAUCUCAGUACGCAUCUCAGUCGCUCAUUUCAUCUCGUCUCAUCUCAGCCCAACCGAACCCAUUUCAUUCCACACUCCGACAGCAGCUGCGACCAGCCGACCAUCACCAUUUCCUCGGACAGCCUUGUUUAUUUUCUCACACUUUGCAAUCGAAGAACCCUUGUUCACAUUAAGAUUUGCUGUUUCCCCCAUUUCAUCUUCGCUCUCCCUAACGAGCGUCGCCACCUCGAACACCAGCGCCAACACUACGCUGCAGGACAUCACUGAUUCUCAUCUCCUCAGGCAUCAAAUUUGUAACCUGCAGACUUCAAAUCUCUCUGAAAUGACUGAUUCGAAUAGGAAGGUAGGAAGUAAAGGAUCGUGAUAACUUGGGAUCAAAGCUUGAGCUUCCUGCACAGAUUACAGACCUUUAAUGCUAUCAGUCUAUCCUGCUUCGUUCAUUUCUCUAAUGUAGUGAAUUGGAUUACCCACAAAUUCAAACAGAUUCUGUAAGUCAAGGAUCUGACCAUGCAAACAGCAUCUUAUAGUCAUCCUAUAUUCCAUUUCUCUUGCAGAAACUUCAGUACAAAUGUGAAGACUAGUUCAGUGAAAUUUGGUGCACCAUAUCCCUCUCAACUGGAUUGGAAAUGUGAAUUCCAUGGGAGAUCCAAUAUUUAUAAUUCUCCCAUUCCCAUAAAACCAAAUAGAUUGUUUGUGCUUCCUAACGCCGAUGGCAGCCUUCCAUCUGCUUCUAUAGUAGAUGAUGAAAUGAACACAAACCAUGCUCCUAAUGGCAUUUCACCAACCUUUCUCAGCAACUGGUCACCUCCGAGGUACCUGUGGAGGGGAUUAUCAGUUUUAAUCCUGGCAGGACAGGUAAUUAUGAAGACUCUAAAGGGAAAGAUUCAUUGGAGGAAUACUCUUCAACAACUUGAGAGAGUUGGUCCAAGAUCGGUGGGGGUAUGUCUUUUAACAUCAGCUUUUGUUGGCAUGGCCUUCACGAUACAGUUUGUGAGGGAGUUCACUAGGCUGGGAUUGAAUAGAUCUGUGGGUGGGGUUUUAGCUCUGGCUUUCUCAAGGGAGCUGAGUCCAGUGGUUACAGCAAUUGUGGUUGCUGGGCGCAUUGGAAGCGCUUUUGCAGCAGAGUUAGGAACUAUGCAGGUUUCUGAGCAAACUGACACAUUGAGAGUUCUUGGUUCAGACCCGGUUGAUUAUCUGGUGACGCCAAGAGUAAUCGCCACUUGUAUUGCCUUACCUCUCUUGACUCUAUUGUGUUUUACAUUAGGAAUGGCAUCUAGUGCCUUACUUGCUGAUAGUGUUUAUGGGGUGAGCAUUAACAUUAUCUUAGAUUCAGCUCAGCGAGCUCUCAGAUCAUGGGAUAUUAUUAGUGCAAUGAUCAAGUCACAGGUUUUUGGUGCUAUCAUAUCUAUAGUGAGCUGUGCAUGGGGAGUUACAACUUUGGGAGGUGCUAAAGGUGUUGGGGAAUCAACAACCUCAGCUGUGGUUAUUUCUCUUGUUGGCAUCUUCGUUGCUGAUUUUGCUCUUUCUUAUUGUUUCUUUCAAGGAGCAGGUGAUCAGCUAAAGAAUUGCAUUUAACCAGCUAAUGUUGUGUCUGCAAUUUUGUCAUCAUAUGUACAAAGUGAAUGGUAUGACUUUUCUAUCAGAGCUGCAGUUAAAUCUUUUUACAAUUUGGGUAAGUUAUGUGCUUUUCCAUAACCACUAGUUUGCGAAAAAAUAAGUGAUAACAAAGCAAAAAAAAAUUAUAUCUUGUUUGAUGGUUCAAAUACAAUAAAUG